CACUUCCGCUGUUGAAAGAAGUUGGGACGAAAAAGGUGGCUCGAGAAAGUGACGAAGCGAAGUUCAAGUUAGAUUCGCGCGGAUAACCCGCCAUUCCUUCCAGAUCGCUCGGAAAACGGGAGGAGAUUGAAUGGGGCUAGCCAUGGCAGACUUGGAAGACCCCCCCACCUUACUGCAGUGCUGCAUGGACUACAUCUGUGAUAACCUGGCCAAGGACGUGGGCAGCGUUCACUUGACCUUCAAACAGCAAGACGUCUUCUUCCACAACGAGCUGUCCCAGCUGUUCUUGAGCAGCCUCUUGAAAAAGGACAAGGUGAACGAUCAAGUCUUGUCGCUGCUUUCCUGUUCUGAUACGUUCAGAUUACGAAGAGUUCGGGUACGGAAUACUCCGGUUGGACUCGAAGGGCUCCGAGCCAUUUUGUACAAUCAUAAACUGGUGGAGUUAGAUGUUUCUAAUACCAACAUAAAGAGAGCGGCCUCGGUUCUACAGCUGCUGUACGAGUCAGGACAGGAUGCGCUACAGUCGCUGAACGUCAGCGGGCUUCAACCUCACAAGCAGGACUACAGCGAGGAACAACCGUUCGGAAACUUCGAGGGCCUGGGGGCCUUCGCAACCAUCAACAGAACACUGGUGUCCAGGUUAAGAAAUAUCAGGUGCCUGAAUGUUAGCCAUACAAACUUUGACACGCAGGACCUGGAAAUGGUCGCAGCAGAACUGCCUCACUUGGAAAGCCUGGACAUUUCCAAGACAUUCGUGUCGAGCCUGACCCCUUUGCUCCAGUGCAAGCACCAGUUAAAGUCGCUUUCGACGUACGGGGUGAAUACGGGACAGGGGAGGGACAACUGGGAAGAAGACGAGAGACACUCGGCGGAAAGAGUCAUCUCGGAGCUGUCGGCCCUGCGCCACUUAGACAUCUCCACCGAGGAGACGUUCAGCGUAUCAGGGACGUUCUUCGCCAGUCAGAACCAGCUAAAGGUGAACGUGGACUACCUACUGUGUAUCCCGGGGGUGCUGCCCAACCUCACGUCGCUGGACAUCUCUGGGCGGGACCUGUCGGAGAGCACCCUGCUGUCGUUCCUGGAGAGUCAUCCACAGCUGUCCUUCCUGGGAGUCAUGAUGGGCCCAGCCUGCUUCUGGGACUUCAUCUGGGACGAGGAGUACGAGGGAUUCCGCAAGGACCUCAGGGUGACAGGAGAAGGUAAUGAGGCACAGAUCCUGGAGGCCCUGCGACAGUACAGUGAGAGAGCCGUGUACGUACAGAAGGCUCUGUACAAGCUGUUUGGUCGCACCUCAGGGAUGGAACAUCCCAGGGUGGAUGUCAUCAAGUUGGUGCUUCAGGGGAUGAUGAACCACUGUGAUGCCAAGAGCCUUGGUGUGCAGAUGGCAGCUAGUGCCUGCCUGUACAACCUGACCCGGCAUGACAUCAGUAAGCGAGUUCCGUCGCGUGACCUGUCUGACGUGGUGAACAUGACCCUGAAGGCCAUGGAGGUGUUCCCCAACCACCAGCAGCUGCAGAAGAACGCCCUGCUCACACUCUGUAGUGACAGGAUCCUGCAGGAAGUGAAGUUUGACCGUUACCGCGCGGCGAGGCUUGUGAUGCACUGUCUGUGCACACAUGAGGACGCCACCAUGCACCGCAUGGCUGUAGCCAUCAUAUCUAUACUUGCUGCUAAGAUCUCUACAGAACAAACUGCCCUGCUGGGGACACAGAACUACCUGCAGGUUAAGCUGCUGAGGAUAGUGAAAGAGAAGACAGAGGGACAAGAAGUGGAUAUUACUCUCAAGUUUACACUCAGUGCACUAUGGAACCUAACAGAUGAGUCUCCGAGUACCUGUACGACGUUUGUAGAGAACGGUGGACUGGAACUCUUCAUGCAGAUCCUGGAGGUCUUCCCCAACGAGUCCAACCUCCACACCAAAGUCCUGGGCUUGAUUAACAACAUUGCAGAAGUUCGAGGGCUGAGGAAGGUUCUGUUGAGAGAGGACUUCAUGGACUAUGUCAAGAAGCUGCUUGUGUGUGACCAUAUCGAGGUGAGCUACUUCGCAGCUGGGAUCGUGGCGCACCUGGCCAGCGAGGGCAGAGAACACUGGAACCUCAGGGAACACUCCUGGGACCAGAUGUUAAAUACACUGUUGAGUGCUGUAAGAAGUUGGGACAACCCCACAGGAGAGAUGGUUGCGUACCGGUCCUUCCACCCGUUCUUCCCACUGCUGGAGUGUUACACGACGCCUGCCGUACAGCUGUGGUCUGUGUGGGCCAUGCAACAUGUCUGUACCAAGAACCCUGACCGCUACUGCCCGAUGCUGAUAGAGGAGGGAGGAGAAGAUAGGGUCAAGCACCUGGCCACCAACCCUGCCACCGCGGAGGAAGUGCGGACGCUAGCCGAGCUCGUCAUCGAGCUUCUUCAGGACAGCAAGCUGCCGCCACGACAACGCAAGCUGCUAAAACCUGCUGACACUCCGGGGUCUCCAGAGCAGGAGGAAUAGAGUCAUCUCUCUUUUCUUACAGCAGGAGGAGUGAAGUGGAGACUGUUCUCCGGAGUAAGAGGAGUAAAGCUUCGGUCCCAAUUGCGCCGGUGUCCGUCGGGGAUGUAGCCCCGGCCGGCCCCGGUCGGGCUCAGGAGUCGGGUGAGC